ACUGUAGCAAUUUUCAUGUGUCCGGACCAGGAAUCAGGGUCGAAGAGCGAUUUUAAGAUUUUUUUAAAAUAAAAAUAAUGUUUAUUUAGAAAUCCUACGACGGUGCUGUAUAUCGUUUGCAGUAUCCCAUCUUUUUGUCUUGUGAGUCGGCCUCCUUUGAGAGAUGUAAACUGCGGUAAAUCUUCGGCUGACGAUUAUACUCUUAGUUGGAGGGCAGAAGGCCUGAGAAGGGGCGCAACAAAUAGCACCCUCGUGCUCUGUGCGUGAUAACCGCCUGAUCAGCUGUUGCUAGUGUUGUGCUACUUGGGUUCCAUCGCCCGAAGCCUUCGAUUGUCUGUGUCCGAGAAUCUUGCCAUAGUCUGACCUCGUUAUUUGGGUUUGGCGCGAUUCCUGCUAUCAACCGCUUAUGCUGAGUUGCAUUUGAUCUCGCACGGCCAUCGGCUUUCUGGCUUAUCCCUUACGAGUUGCUACAGGCGCAUUAGCAUUUAGCAGCAUACUACGGCAGCUGAACCAUGCAUAAAUCGGUUGCCAUGUUCCUGCGAGCCACCGCCACUCGCCGUAUGCCGGAGCGAAUCGCGGAAAAGGUUUUAUCAAAGCAAACCGAAUUCCCAGUUCAACCCUUCGGAUUGCUGCAGCUGAGAGUAUCGGACUGUUCUCCAAAAAUCGUUGCACUGGACCACACGAAAUAUCCGGACAGCGAUCGGGUGGUGGUUUCGCACUGCAGUGGAUGUUUCGUUGAAAAGCAUCAAGUUGACUUCAUUCCGACCAAAGGAAAUGACUCUCGGGUAGUCAGCUUAUCGUGCACAAAUGGCGAACAUGCAGAAUAUUGCGGGUGCACUAUUCAAAUCCCAAACCACCUGGCUCUGGAUAUAUCAGCAAACGGCGACGCCGACGUAAAAAUCACGGGUGUUGAGCCAACAGAAUGUCAUAUAUCGUCCGAGUACAGUUCCGUGCAUUUGCAUAAAGUCAAGACGAAAAAGGCCAGCAUUUUUGCCAAUAACGGAUCAGUGGAGGUGACCGGUAACCUUACAGGGAAUGUCUCCAUUAAAACGGGCGUGGCCGGAUUCGUCCGGGCAGACCGAUUACAGGGGUCUGUGGUGAAAAUUGAUACAUUUGAAGGACCGAUAAACUGCAAAGCAAUCUACGGUGAUACGGUGCAGCUAUCCAGCCGGCACGGCAAUAUUACUGCCAACAAUAUUCAAGGACAAGAUGUCAACAUUUGGAGCACUCAUGGGAAUGUUGAUAUAGGCUCUAUUGAAGGCGACCUCAGUGCGAGUCUGGGGCAUGGAAAUCUUUCGGCCAAUGUGGCACGCACCGGAAACCUGAAAGUGGAAUGCCUUAAGGGCAACGUGCGCCUUGGUUUGGACAGUUCUGUACGAGGGGAUUUGAAAUUAGAAAGUCCGUACCCUGUGGACUCGGAGAACGUAUCGAUGGAUUCUAAGCAGGAAAUUGCUCCGGGUGAAACGGAAACUGCUGAAAUCAAUGUGGUUACACGCGAGGGAAGGAUCAGUCUACGUCAAAUGAAUUGGAUAGAUACUGUUCAGCGCAAUAACCAGCAAGAAAAACGAAGUGCGAUUUAAUUUAAUCUUGUUCUGUGACUGAGGUGCACAACUUUUUGUGAAUAGCUGUUUUGUGAAUAGCUGUGUAUAUAAAAAUGUAAUACCGUAUGUUUGUUCGAAAGGCUGGAAUCUCGUGUGCUAUUUUGCUUGUUUCUUUCAUUAGAAACUGUGGUUGUUGAAUGUCAAGCGUGAAAUUAUCACACACACUACACCGAUGUGAUACAAAAAUCUGAUGCAUUUUAAUAAAGACCAA